UCAGACUACAGUCGUGGAGCUAUGUGGAAGAGAGAUGCUGGGAUGAAGUGGGCCACCAUGGGGAACUUCAGGCUAGUGCUCCUGGCACUUCCGGCCCUCCUGUCGCACGUCACCGUGUCCUUCGGAGCGGAGAAAGUCCCCAUCCUGAACAUUGCGGUGAUCCUGGGCCGGACGCGCUACAUCUCGGACCGCGAGAUCCGGGCCCUCUGGGGCAAGGACGACCCCAUCGACGUCAACGUGGUGACGCUGCUGGUGAACGAGACCGACCCCAAGAGCAUCAUCACACACAUGUGCGACCUCAUGUCGGGCACCCGGAUCCACGGGGUCGUGUUUGGGGACGGCACCGACCAGGAGGCCAUAGCACAGAUUUUGGAUUUUAUUUCCUCCCAGACUCUGAUACCCAUCCUUGGGAUCCACGGGGGCUCGUCCAUGAUCAUGGCGGACAAGGAUGUGAAGUCCACGUUCUUCCAGUUUGGGGCCUCCAUCCAGCAGGAGGCGCUGCUGAUGCUGAACAUCAUGGAGGAGUACGACUGGCACGUCUUCUCCAUAGUGACUAGCAAGUUCCCCGGCUACCAGGACUUCAUCGCCAUCCUGAAGACCACUGUGGACAACAGCUUUGUGGGCUGGGACCUGCAGAACACCAUCACCCUGGACGCGGUGGACGGGGACACCAAGACCCAGAUCCAGCUGAAGAAGAUCCAGUCCCCGGUCAUCCUGCUGUACUGCUCCAAGGACGAGGCGGUCUACAUCCUGGAGGAGGCGCGCUCCCUGGGCCUCACAGGGUUCGGCUUCAUCUGGAUCGUGCCCAGCCUGACCACCGGCAACCCGGAGAUCACCCCGGACGAGUUCCCCUCCGGGAUGAUCUCGGUGUCCUACGAUGACUGGGACUACCCCCUGGAGGCCCGGGUGCGGGACGGGCUUGGGAUUAUCACCACGGCGGCGGCGUCCAUGCUGGAAGAGUUUGGCGACAUCCCAGAGGCCAAGACCAGCUGCUACGGGCAACUGGAGAAAACAAAGCUACCUCCCAGCGCAUUACACAAAUACAUGAUGAAUGUCACCUGGGAGGGCAGGGACUUGUCUUUCACGGAGGACGGGUACCAGGCCAACCCCAAGCUGGUGGUCAUCGUCCUGAACAAGGACCGUGAGUGGGAGAAGAUGGGCAAGUGGGAGAACAGGAGCCUGACUCUGAAGUACCCUGUCUGGCCUCGCUUCAACUCGUUUGGUGACGGCGAGACGGACGACAACCACCUCAGCAUUGUGACCCUGGAGGAGGCGCCCUUCGUCAUCGUGGAGAACGUGGAGCGCCUUACGGGCACCUGCAUGAGGAACUCAGUGCCCUGCCGCAAACACAUCAAAGACAACACCACAGAGGAAGGGGGCACAUACAUAAAGAAGUGCUGCAAAGGCUUCUGCAUCGACAUUCUGAAAAAGAUCGCCAGGAACGUGAAGUUCACCUACGACCUCUACCUGGUGACCAAUGGAAAGCACGGCAAAAAGAUCAACAACGUGUGGAACGGCAUGGUGGGAGAGGUGGUGUACAAGAAGGCCGUCAUGGCGGUGGGCUCACUGACAAUCAACGAGGAGCGGUCGGAGGUCAUCGACUUCUCCGUCCCCUUCGUGGAGACUGGGAUCAGCGUGAUGGUGUCGAGAAGCAACGGGACAGUCUCGCCCUCGGCCUUUCUGGAGCCCUUCAGCGCUUCCGUGUGGGUGAUGAUGUUCGUGAUGCUGCUCCUGGUGACAGCCAUGGCGGUGUUCAUAUUCGAGUACAUCAGCCCCCUGGGAUUCAACAGGAACCUCGCACAGGGCAAAGAUCCCCACGGUCCCUCCUUCACCAUGGGGAAGGCGGUGUGGCUGCUGUGGGGCCUGGUCUUCAACAACUCUGUGCCAGUGCAGAACCCCAGGGGAACCACCAGCAAGUUCAUUGUGUCCGUGUGGGCCUUCUUCGCCGUCAUCUUCCUGGCCAGCUACACUGCCAACCUGGCUGCCUUCAUGAUUCAGGAGGAGUUUGUCGACCAGGUCACGGGUCUCAGUGACAAAAAGUUCCAGAGCCCCUACUCCUACUCGCCACCGUUCCGGUUUGGGACGGUUCCGAACGGCAGCACGGAGAGGAACAUCAGGAAGAACUACCCGGACAUGCACCAGUACAUGGUCAAAUACCACCAGAGCGGGGUCCAGGAUGCACUCGUCAGCCUCAAGACUGGGAAACUGGACGCCUUCAUAUAUGACGCUGCCGUGCUGAACUACAUGGCCGGCAGGGAUGAGGGCUGCAAACUGGUGACCAUUGGGAGCGGCUACAUCUUCGCCACCACGGGCUACGGGAUCGCCCUGCAGAAAGGCUCAUACUGGAAGCGGCCGGUUGACCUGGCCAUCCUGGCCAUCAUCGGGGAUGGUGAAAUGGAGGAGCUGGAGGCCCAGUGGCUGACGGGCAUCUGCCACAACGAGAAGAACGAGGUGAUGAGCAGCCAGCUGGAUGUGGACAACAUGGCGGGUGUCUUCUACAUGCUGGCCACUGCCAUGGGCCUGAGCCUGAUCACCUUCAUCUGGGAGCACCUGUUCUACUGGAGGCUGCGCUACUGCUUCACCGGGGUGUGCUCCGGCAAGCCCGGCCUGCUCUUCUCCAUUAGCAGGGGUAUAUGGAGCUGCAUCCACGGCGUCCAUAUCGACAUGAAGAAAAAGUCCUCCGAUUUAGACUUCAGCCCUCAGGCUAACAUGCUAAAGCUAAUUAAGUCAGCCAAACAGAUGACCAACAUGACAGCCCUGAAUGCCUCCAGGAUCAACUCCCCGAAACGCGCCGGCGACUACAUGCACUCCGCCGGUCCGAUGCUCAUGGACAUGAUGGGAGAGAAGGGGAACUACAUCUACGCUGACAACCGCAGCUACGCCCCCAAAGAGGUCAUCUACGGGGACACCGGUGACCUGCAGGCAUACCUGGCCAACCGCCACAAGGACCACCUCAACAACUACAUCUUCCAGGGCCAGCACCCUCUGACCCUCAACGAGUCCAACCCCAACACGGUGGAGGUGGCGGUCAGUGCCGACGCAGCCCAGACGAACGCCAAACCCCGGGGCACGUGGAAGAAGUCGAUGGACACGCUGCUCCCUGACGCCCGCAUAUCCAUGAAGAGCCAGCGCUACCUCCCUGAGGAUGCUGCCCACUCCGACAUCUCCGACUGCUCCAGCAGAGCCGCCUCCUACAAGGACGCCGAUAGCAGCCAGAAGCACCUGAAGCCCAAGGACAACUUAAAAAAAAGAUCGAUGACAUCGAAAUACCCUAGGGACUGCAGCGAAGUGGAGCUGUCCUACUUAAAGAGUAAGCAGGGAGGACUGGCUCGGGAAAAAAUCUACACCAUCGACUCGGACCGGGAGCUGAGCUUGCACUCGGAUCCCCUGCACUACAGGGAAAGCAGGGGUCUGGCAGAGGAUCUGGACUACCCCGAGAUCUACUCAGACCACAACGACAACUACCGCAAGGCUGACCAGCCCAUCAUUCACCUCAACAGCAGCCCCCUCCACCACACCGACUCCGACCUCGUCCCUGACAGCAGCUACUCCAAGCACUACAGUGCCAAAGAGAAGAGCCUCAGUCCGCAUGAGUCAAACGACCGCUACAAGCAGACUCACUGUCGCAGCUGCCUGUCCAAGGUGCCCAGCUACAUGGGCCACUAUGCCGUCAGGUCCCCGUACAACCGCUGCGAGGCCUGCCUGCACUCGGCCAACCUCUACGACAUCAGUGAGGACCAAAUGCUGCAGGAGGCUGUGAACCCCUCCGUGCACCAGGGGGAAAUGUUCAGCCACUACUGGCCCCAGACCGAUGGGCCACAUGUGCACAAGAGGAACAGGCUGAGGCUGAGCCGGCAGCACUCCUUCGACAACAUCAUCCUGGAGAAGCCCAAGGAGGUGGACCUGGGGCGGCCGGCGCGGAGCGUCAGCCUGAAGGAGAAGGACCGGUGCCUGGAGGACAGCCCGUACGCGAACAUGUUCAACGUCCGGCCGGACAGACUGUUCGGCGGCAGGUCCGCGCUCUUCAACCACAACCUGGAGGAGAGCAAGCGCAGCAAGUCGCUCUACCCCGACCACGCCUCGGACAACCCCUUCCUGCACUCGCGCGACGACCAGCGCCUGGUCCAUGGCAGGAGCUCCUCUGACAUUUACAGACAGUUGGCUCCCGUCAAAUCGAGGAACGAGAACAAUCUGCGGUCCUCGGUGAGGUCCACCGCUUCGUACUGCUCCAGAGAUGGCCGGAUACACAAUGACAUGUACAUCUCAGAGCAUCUUAUGCCUUAUGUAGCCAACAAGACUAGUGUAUACUCAGCUCCCCGGGUCCUGAAUUCUUGUAGCAAUAGAGGAGUGUAUAAGAAAAUACCAAGUCUCGAGUCAGAUGUUUAACGCUCCAAUUUGUAUAGCUCCCAAUCUUAAUCCAUUUUAGGAUGCCACA